AUGUGGCGAGAAAUAGUCCUUGAAUUACUCAAUAAAGACAAUCAAAAAGAGAAAAAAAAGUUAAAACAACAAAAAAAUUCUCUGUUUACACUGCCCAAGAAUCCUGAAGUAAUAAGACAAUGGAGCCAAAUAUUGGGACAAGAUUUAGCGUCCGAUUCAAAAUGUAAUCAAUUUAUAUGUGAUGAACAUUUUGAGGAAGAUUACAUUAUCAGAAACGAUGUAAUAAGUAUACCAGGUCAGAAACCAUUUGUUUCUGAAAGGAAAAAAAUUAUUCUUAAGCGUGAUGCUAUUCCAAUAUUGGAUAAAAAUAUCGACCAGGUGAUAGAAUCUCCAAUUAAUACUCUAGUUACUGAAAAUGAAAAUGAAAGUACUUCAAGUAAUAAAUGUGAGAGUGUGGCAGUAACAAAUGAUGAAGCUGUUGUCGUUAAUCAGGAAUUAAUUCAUUUACUAAGCGAAAAUCGUACUAUUGAACCAAAUGUUAUUGGAGAAGCCAAGUGUAGAAAUUCCGAGUUAUCAGAAUCACGCACAAACUUUUCGAUAUACGAUUUAAUGAAAAAUUUAGAGACGCAAAAGUUACCUAAAAAAUGGAGCUGGGUUGAUGAUUAUUUGAAUCCACCAGCAGUUAUUCUUUGCCAUUUGGAUUAUAAAUGUUAUGACCUAAAGUUCCGUGUGAAAAUUGAUAAAGCCCUGAAUAUAACAGUCACAAAUGUAAAAAUCAACCAGAUAAAAAAAAUUGAUUAUGUUACCUCAAAUAUGUGUGAUUUUUGGAAAUUGUUAGAGUUUUUGGAAGCUUCUCAAAUGUGUAGUGGAAGUGGAUGUGAUAGUAAAAAAUCUUCAGUAGCAUGUACGGUAUUGUUAGAGCCGAAAAAACUAUAUAAGAAACAGGCAGCAAUAUAUCGAUGUGACUCAUGUCGACAAGUGAGAAAAAAAGUAGGUAAUCAAUUGUAUAGACCAAAAUUGGAUAUUGAUGCGAAAAAUAAAAAACUAAAACUUAAGCUAAACUCAGUAAAAAAGAAAAAUAUUUGCUUAACUAAUAAGAAUGAAACUUUAAAACUAACCGUUGAAGAAAAAAGACAAAGGUGUGCUCAUGCUUCUGAAACACUAAUAAACCAAGAAAUUUUAAACUUGCCUCCUAUUCAACAAGAAACGGUUAAAGCUUGUUUUGCAGCUGCAAAAGCUAAAAACUCUAAACAACGGAGAUAUACAAUUGAGUGGGUAUAUGAGUGCCUCUUAAUUAGAAUAAAGAGUUCCUCUGUUUAUGAUAGACUCCGAUCUAGACAAAUUUUACCCCUUCCUUGUAAAGAUACACUUCAAAAAUACAUUCAAAAACUAGACAGCGCGUUUGGUUUUUCUGAAGCUCUUUUUGAAACUCUUAAAUUAAAAGGUUCUCGAAUGGAAGUAAACGAGAAGAGGGGCACACUUUUGCUUGAUGAAGUAGCAUUAAGUGAAGCUAUAAACUUAAAUCAACGAACUAUGCAGCUCGAUGGUUUUGUUGAUUUAGGUUCUUAUACACCGGAAAAGGAUCUCAACACUCGAGCUGACCACGCACUAGUAUUCAUGUUUCAACCUUUUCAAGGUGAUUGGGUGCAAGUGAUAGGCUGCUUUCUCAGCCGAAGUGCGACUAUCAGCGAAAUUCUCCAUAAGUUGAUAAUUGAAUGUGUAUUACUGCUGGAAAAUGCUGGUUUUAAAGCUGAUGCAGUUACUUGUGAUGGAGCUCAAUGGAAUCGAGGCGCAUGGAAGUUAUUUGGUAUUGAAGACUACAAAUUUAGUUGUCAGCAUCCACAUGAUCCGAGCCGGCGUUUAUGGUUCCUCUCGGACUUUUCCCACUUACUAAAAAACCUGAGAAAUAAAAUCAUGGAAACACCGUUCUUUUGGACACCAGAUGGUUUUGUUUACCGUAAAUAUUGGGAGGCACUGUUAACUUACGAGAAUAGCUUCAAAGCAAAUUUAUCCGUAACAUAUAAAUUAACACCUGGUCACAUAAAACCGGAGCAGUAUCAAAAAAUGAACGUUCUUUUGGCUAUGGAGUUGUUUUCAAAGCGAUUGAGAGUGACAAUCGAGAUGUAUGCGGACAAUUGCCCCGAGCUUAGAGGAUGUGAAUCCACAAUUGCAUUUAUGGAGAGGGUUGAUCGACUUAUUACUGCUAUGACUUCAAGAACUCCGAUGAAUGCUUUACGCGCUGAUCCUUCAUGUGAAAUGAGAAAGGAUAUAGCACAAAUAAAAGUGAAAAUUAAAUCACUAUUCAAUCGAUUAUUGGAGCAAAACGUAAUAAGUGCUAUCACUGACUUUAUUCAGUAUCUCCGAGAAUGGAAAGAACAUGCAAUAGAAGAAAAGAAAAGGUACAAAGACUUGCGGAAAAGCUUAGACGAGGAUCAACUACCUGGAAAUUUUUUUUUUUGCAAUCACCCCAAGCACUCUGACUGAAUUAAAGAUCUCUCUUGGGGCGACCUUAGAACUUAUUGAUUUUUUACAUAACGAAUGUAACUACGAUUAUCUUAUGACAAUACGUCUCACUCAAGAUGCUUUAGAGAAAUUCUUUGGAAUUAUGAGAAGUGCCUGUGGAUGUAACGAUCAUCCCGACGUCAUGCUAUUUGCUCAAGUAUAUCGAUUACAACAAUCACAUAAUUACAACAUUUACACAACGUUCCCAUUCUCUUGCAACUCCUCCAAAGGGUUCGAAUGUUACAGCUGGUGAAUUAUUGCAGUCGUUAAUGCAAACAAAAGAUUCUUUGGCUUUGGCUUCUGCACCGAAGAAUGAAUGGUUAAAAAAACUUGAUGCCAUAGUUGAAAAUGGUAUCAACGAGAAAAUACCUAAACCUAAUGAACGACUUGAUGAUGGCAUUGAUAAAGACGGUGAUAUAUCUGACGGAGGGAUUGAUUUUUGCGACUUUGGAGACGGUCGCAAUUUCAGUACACAGCAUGGCGACGAAGGUGAUACUAUUAACCAUAGCAACAUAUCAGACGGGCGAACAAAUGUUGGCAAUGUACCUUCUGUUAGUCGUGUCAAUACUAGUGACGAAGAAGACGAAGAAGUGCAUCAAGUUCAGCAACCAUACAAUAGGAAACCAUUUGAAAGCUUAGUGCAUGAUAGUGAUU